AUGUCUUCACAUGCUUUGUCGGAAUCUGACGAAGAGACCGGCUCGUUUGGUAAAUGGUCCAGUUCAGGCCAUGCCAACGGUUCGCUUUUUAACAAAUGUAAGGAAUCACUUAUUCACUUCUACAAGGAGUACAUAAUACGCAACAUGGGUAUUACAUUGACGCUUAUAUCACAGUUCUUCAACUCUCUUAUGAUUCUAUUUUGCAAACUUUUACUUAUGGAUCCAGAUUUUGAUGAACCGAUGCAUCCGUUUCAAAUCUUGUUUGUUCGUAUGACCAUGACUUACAUCGGCUGCGCACUAUACCUAGGACUCUACAAGAGAGAUCCCGAUUUCCCCUUGGGUCCUAAAGGCUUUCGAAAGCUUAUGAUGGGACGAGGAGUAGGUGGAUGUAUAUCCGUUGCAGGACAGUACUUUGCCUUGCUUUAUCUUACAAUAUCGGACACUAUAGUAAUCACUUUCCUUUCUCCUAUCAUUACCUCACUUAUGGCAUAUUUCUUUCUUAGAGAGAGAUUUACACGGGCCGAAGCCGUUGGUGGAAUGCUGGCAUUUGUUGGUGUCAUCUUUAUUUCCCGGCCAAGCUUCCUUUUUGGUGACGUUGGUACUGAUUCUAUUACUGCCGGCACGGAAGCAGGAGUUACUAGUUCUGCUGAAGGAGAUGGACGUUUAUUAGAGACUAAUAAUCCAACGCUUAGACUGUUGGGUAGUUUUCUAGCAUUAUCAGCUACUUUUGGUACUGGUAUUGCUAUGUGUUGCAUUAGAAAAAUCGCUUUCCAUGCCCACGCCUUGCUUACGGUCUCUUUCUUUGCCCUAAUUACCGUAAUAGUUUCAUUUUUCGGUAUUAUCUUAACUCCUGGACUUACAUUCGAGAUUCCUCGCAAUACCAGACAGUGGGUACUAUUGAUUGCACUCGGUGUCGCAGGAUUUAUCAUGCAAUUUCUACUCACCGCAGGUAUGCAGAGAGAAAAGGCCGCUAGAGCUAUCGCUAUGUCCUAUUCGCAACUAAUCUAUGCUUCCUUUUUCGAUCUCGUUAUAUUCAAUCAUUGGCCUUCAAAGUUAAGCUUUUUAGGUGAGAUGAUUAUUACCGUGGCUGUUGUUGGUAUAAUAUACUUCAAAGAGGAACCUACCUCUUCUCAUGAUCUCGAGGAUCUCGAGGAUCAUGAUUCCAUUUCCUUGUCAUCUUUAAGUAUAGAUGACGAUGACUCUAUUCACUGA